GUCUUGGUUCAUACCCCACCACAUGGUUGAGCACAACGGCAAGCAUCGAGUUGUGUUCAAUUGCUCAUUCCAGCACAAAGGCCUGUCACUCAAUGAGAUGCUGCUACCUGGACCAACGCUAGGGCCCUCACUGCUAGGAGUGCUACUCCGGUUCCGCCAGCACGCCAUUGGCACCAGCGGGGACAUAAAAGGUAUGUUCCAUCAGGUGCGCCUUCUCCCUGAAGACCGGCCUCUGCUUCGCUUCGUGUGGAGAGAUGGAAAGACAGAGUGCCCCCCAACCAUCUAUGAGUGGCAAGUGUUGCCCUUUGGAACAACCUGUAGUCCUUGCUGUGCCACCUUCGCCCUUCAAAGGCACAUGACCGACCACUGUGCAGUGGACGAGGACGUGAGGUUGUGCGUGGAAAGGGACUUCUACGUCGACAACUGCCUUCACAGCGCACAAACCCAGGGCGAAGCCAAACACCUCAUCGACAAGCUGCGGUCUGUGCUCUCGGAGGGAGGGUUCGAGAUACGCCAGUGGGCUAGCAAUGUGCCCAGUGUCAUUGAACACCUGCCUACAGAGGCCCGCUCAGACAAGGUUGAGCUCUGGCUUGCCAAGGAAAGCAUGGAGGUGAAUGAGUCCACCCUUGGGCUGCGCUGGGACUGCCACACAGACAUACUUGGCUACAAGCACAGGCCAACCAAGCAAGAAGCACCAACUCUGCGACAUGUGUACCGGGUCCUGGCCAGCCAAUACGACCCGCUUGGGUACAUCCUACCAUUCACUACCCGAGCCAAGGUACUGGUCCAGAGAUUGUGGGACAAGAAACGGCAGUGGGAUGACCCUCUGUUCCCUGACGAGCUGCUUCAAGCCUGGAACAAAUGGGUGAGCGAGCUCCCUUCCCUGUCACUGAUCGUCCUCCCAAGGUGCUACGUGCCAGCAGAGAUGGAUCACCCAGAUGUAGUGCGGGACCUGCAUGUGUUCUGUGAUGCUUCGGAGCAAGCGUACGGCUCUGUGUCAUACUUGAGGUCACAAGAUCCAGAGGGCAGAGUGACUCUUUCCUUCCUGAUGGCCAGAUCGAGGGUAGCACCGAAGAAGCAACACUCUAUGCCACGCCUAGAGCUGUGCUCUGCUGUCGUCGGAGCUCAACUGGCUAAGCUGCUACAGGAAGAGCUCACACUCCCCAUACGAGAGACAGUGUUAUGGUCUGACUCCACAACAGUCUUGACAUGGCUACAGUCCGAGUCAUGUCGAUUUAAGGUCUUUGUGGGAACCCGAGUCUCAGAGAUCCAGGAGCUCACAAGUCUCGAGUCCUGGCGCUACGUGGAUUCAGUGCGGAAUCCCGCCGAUGACCUGACAAGAGGAAAGUCAUUGGCCGAGCUUGCAGCGCCUAACAGAUGGAGCCAGGGUCCACCAUUCCUUCUUCAGCCACCGGAGGAGUGGCCAGUCAGACCACUCUCAGCCGCAGAAGAGGAUACUGGGGAACUCAGGAAGCCUACCUACUGCGGCCUAGCCACUGUGGAUUCCGAUGUGCAGGUACCUGAUGCUAAUCAGUACAAGAGGUGGCAGGAUCUCCUCGAUGCAACUGCACAGUCCUUGCACGGGGCGGCCAACCAGGACGGUGCCCCCUCUGCUGAAUGCUACAGAGAUGCUGAGAAACUCCUGUUCCGAGCAGUGCAACUGGAGCACUUCCCUGACGAGUAUCGCUUGCUGAAAGCAGGAAAGCCUGUCCCCUCAUCCAGCCGGCUACUUACCUUAGCACCGGAGUUCGACCCAGAAGCGGAACUCAUCAGAGUUGGAGGACGGCUGCGGAGAGCCGAAGGGCUAGAGUAUUCAACUAUGCACCCCAUCGUUCUCGACCCAAAGCAUCCAGCAACCCAGCUGCUGAUCCUAGACUACGACAGCAGGCUCCGCCAUCCUGGCCCGGAACGGGUGUUCGCAGAAAUGCGCCGGACAGUCUGGAUUCUACGAGCAAGAGAGGCCAUCCGCAAGCAGCAGUUCCUCUGUACUGAGUGUCGGAGAUGGAAAGCCAAGCCAGCAGUUCCUAAGAUGGCGGACCUGCCUGCUGCCAGGCUGCGUCUCCACAAGCCUCCUUUCCACUCAACAGGCAUGGACUGUUUCGGGCCAUUCCUGGUCAAAGUGGGAAGACGGAAUGAAAAGAGAUGGGGCAUCAUCUUCAAAUGCCUUACCACAAGAGGAGUAUAUCUGGACAUCUUGAGCAGCAUAGAUGUGGAUGCAUUCCUCAUGGCCCUGAGGAGAUUCAUAGCUCGCCGUGGACGACCUGCAGAGCUGUACUCCGACCAGGGGACAAACUUUAAGGGUGGAGAAAAGGAGCUGCACAAGGCCUUCAAGGACAUGAGUCCGGACCUGCAACAGACCCUAGCCCGGAGCCAAAUCUCUUUUCACUUUAACCCACCUGCUGCACCCCAUUUCGGUGGGGCGUGGGAGAGGGAGAUACGGUCAGUGAAGACAGCCCUCUACACGACCGUCGGCUCUCAACCAGUGACUGAAGAGGUCCUUCGGACUGUGCUGGCGGAAGUUGAGUGCAUUCUCAACUCAAAGCCCUUGGGGUACGUCUCCUCCAACGUGGCAGACCCGGACCCUGUCACCCCAAACCUGCUUCUCAUGGGGCGGCCCGACAGCGCUCUCCCACAAGUGGUGUAUCCUGAAUCGGAAGCCCUAAGCAGACGCCGUUGGAGGCAGAGUCAGAUCAUCACAGAUCACUUUUGGAGGAGCUUCAUCCGUCAUCACUUACCGACCAUGCAGAUCCGGCAGAAGUGGCACACUUCCUCCACGCCACUGGCUGCAGGUCAGGUCGUCAUGAUGGUGGAUCCGCAGCUCCCCAGAGCUGCUUGGCCGAUCGGGAGAGUCGUCAAGGUCUUCGCUGGUCAAGAUGGGCUCAUCAGAACCGCCGAGGUCAUGAUGAACGACAGGAGCUUCACUCGUCCUGUGGCUCGACUCAUCGUCCUUCCAGAGGUUCCAGAUGGACAGACAGACAGUGUACCUCCAUCUUCGUGAGAACCUUUACAAUGAGCAAAUAUGCUUAGCAUAUUUGGGGGCGGCUGUGUUGUAAAGGCCAUAGACUUUCAGUGGAAACAGCGCCCUCUACAGGUUUGACUUAUGUAGACAAUUUAGAAUCCUUUAAUUCAGCCAUUAUUACACAGCAGUUUUGGGAGACGGUCGGAUGAAACGUGCCGUCUGCCUAUUCAACUUUGUGUUCGUUUGUGGUGUGCGUGGAUGACAAAUUAACCAUACUGCAAACAUGCCGCAAAUGACUCCUAUCCCUAAUUACAUGCCCUUAUGAACCAUACUGCAAAUAUGAUCAUACCCCAAUAGAACCCCAUUCAAUGUGAAUUGUCCUGUCUGAGUUUGACCCCCCUGUACGUGCAUUGCUCUGUGUAUGUAUGUUUUGGUGAAAAAGAUAAAGUAUCGAAAACUGAAGUCUGUCUCCUGCCUAUAUGUUCUGACCGACAUACCGUGGCGAUUGUCAAUACCGGACCAGUCCUAAAAAUACAGUCCUACCCUACCCUA